CUCUUCUCUUUACACAUGGAAGCCUCGACUCACCCUUACUUCUCCCAAUCUUGGGUGGCUGACUGUAAAAAGUACCCCACGAAGGCCAUGGGCUACAGCUACCUGCAGGCCAUGCGCUACGCGGUGGAACAAAUCAACAACUCCAGCCUCCUCUUGCCGGGCAUUUCGCUUGGUUACGAGAUGGUGGACAUCUGCUAUCACUCCAACGCUGUCCACCCGCUCUUGUUCUUCCUCUCUGACAAUCGGUCCCUUCUUGAGAUCCAGGCGAGCAACACUUUCUACCGGCCCCGGGUCAUGGCCGUCAUCGGUCCGGAUGUGUCCUCCACCGCUGUCACGGCCGCUUACCUCUUGAGUAAUUUUUUUGUCCCACAGAUCAGCUACAGCGCCACCAUGGAAUCCCUGAGCAACCCCAGGACCUUCCCCGCGGCUUUCCGGACCAUCCCCAGCACCGAGCAGCAAAUCGUCAUCCUACUCAAUCUUCUGAGGAGCUUCCGCUGGAACUGGGUGAUUGUCCUGUACAGCGAGGAUGAGUAUGGCCAAACGAACCUCCAUCAGCUCCGGGCCCAGGCCACGUGGGCCUGUGUCGCCUUCCAGGAGAGCAUCCCCUUUUGGACAAACGACCGGCCCGCUCUGGCCAAGGCACGGAUCCAGAACCUCGUGGAGAGGAUCAAAGGGAGCUCGGCCAAGGUGGUGAUCGUCUUGAGCACCGAGGUCCCCCUUUGGAGGUUUUUCGAGGAGGCCGUCUGGCAGAACGUGACCGGGUUCGUCUGGAUUGCGGCCGAAGCCUGGGCCAUGGAUUCCAUGCUUCGAGACCUGCCGGGGAUUUCCCGCCUCGGCACGUUCAUCGGGAUCGCCCCCGAAAAAGUCGCCAUUCCUGGGCUGGAUGACUUCCGAGUCCGGCCAUCUGGGGACCCUCCAGACGGGGCCGAAGCACGGGCGGACCCUGCGAUGUGUAAUCAAGAAUGUGACGAUUGCCUCUUCAAGGCUCAGGAGAUGGACCCGAUUCUCAGAGCAACCGGGAGCCGCAUCGAAUUCAACGUGUACUCCGCCGUCUACGCCGUAGCUCACGCUUUGCACCGUGUUCUGGGCUGCAACGCCACCGGAUGCCGCCACCGCACCGUUUACCCUUGGCAGUUGCUGAAAGAGAUGAGCCAGGUGAGGUUCAGCCUUCUGAACAUCACUAUCAACUUUGAUGAGAAAGGCGACCCUCCCAACGGUUUCGAGGUCCUGGAGUGGCUAUGGGACACCCCCGGGAAGCCCUUCCAAAGAAUUGCCAGCUACAGCGAAUUAAACGAGCUACACAUUGACGCCGAAAGCAUCCUCUGGCACACGGAAAACAACACGGUCCCCAAAUCUGUUUGUUCAGAGCAGUGUGAACCAGGACAGAUGAAAAAACACCUGGCAUCUCUCUCCUGCUGUUUUGAGUGCGUGGAGUGUAAACCCGGGACGUUCCUCAACCAAAGCAGCAUCUUCUCCUGUCAGAGCUGUCCGCCAGACAUGUGGUCGCACGCCGGCCAAGAGGAAUGUUUCUUGAGAUCGGUCCGCUAUCUUCAGUGGGACAGCCCCGUCGCCAUCUUCCUGCUGUUCUUCACCUUUCUGGGCCUCUUGACUGCUGGGGGGCUCUUGUUGAUUUUCGUCCGUCACGCCAACACCCCGGUGGUGAGAUCGGCUGGGGGCCCGUUGUGCUUCCUCAUGAUCGCCUCCCUCAUCGUCGGCUUCUGCAGUCUCUUCUUCUACAUCGGCCAACCGACGGAAGUCAAGUGCAUCUGCCGCCGGAUGGUGUUCAGCCUCUGUUUCACCAUCUGCAUGGCCUGCAUGAGUGUGCGCUCCUUCCAGAUCAUGUGUGUCUUCAAGAUGGCUUCCCGGCUGCCCAGAGCUUACAACGCUUGGGUGAGGUACAACGGCCAGUGGAUUUUCGUCGCCACCGCCUUCACCCUGAAAGUGGUCAUUGUGGGAAUGAACCUCUAUUUUUUUCCUCCGUUGCCGCUCCAAAGUGCGGUCAGCAGCAGCGACCCGGCGGUCCUGAUCCUGACCUGCAACCCAAACUACCUCUCGGCCAUCGUUUUCAACAACGUCUUGGAGAUGGUCUUGUCCUUCGCAUGUUUCUGCUUCGCCUACACGGGGAAAGCGUUGCCGAAGAACUACAACGAGGCGAAAUACAUCACCCUAUGCAUGACCAGCUAUUUCACCUGCUGGGUGGUCCUCGUCGUGGUGAUGGCGGUCUGCGAGGGAGUUGUGGUGACGGCCUUUGACGUGGUCACUGGGCUUUUAAACUUGCUCAGCGUCUGUAUUGGGUACUUCGGGCCAAAGUGUUACGUGAUCCUAUUCCGGCCGGAGCAGAACACGUUGGCCUUCUUUCAGACGGCCAUCCAGAGCUACACCAUGAGGCCGGCAUAG